AUGUCUUCGUCCGAUGUGCAACGUCCUCUGCGGGGGCAUGCCAUCCAAGACUCUGACAAUGCUCGACUGGAGAGUUUGAACGAGGCAUUGAGCACGCAAAAGUAUCUGGCCGGGUUUCACGGCGAUACACUCAUUGGGAAUAAAGUUGUUUCCAAGGUCGGGCUUUUGGACGACCUAAAGACAAUCCUCGAGCUCAAGAACGUACCCAGCAUUGUGAAAGUCCUGGUUAACUAUCUCAAGGAACGUCGCCUCGACAUCAAAGCUGGUGCAUCGUUGCUGGCAGCCGUGUCGAACAACAGUGUAGCCAGGGCCGAUAUCAUCGAAAAGCAGGUCAAGAUCAAGUACGACCGCAUGCUGCACCCACCCUUGAGUUACUUGGGCGAUGCUUUUAAGUAUCGGACCGCCGAUGGCAAGUUCAACAGCGCCAUCAACCCACACCUCGGCCAAGCCGGAGCUCCUUACGCCAAAACCGUACCUGCGAAGACUCAUCCACUCGGAGCCUUGCCAGAUCCAGGAGACCUUUUUGACCAGUUAAUGGCAAGAGAGGAAAAUGGCCGUCCAAGUCAGUCAGGCUUGUCCAGCAUGCUCAUAUACCAUGCCACCAUCAUCAUCCACGAUCUCUUCCGCACCAAUGACAACGACAAGAACAUCUCUGAUACGUCGUCAUACCUCGAUCUGUCGCCACUGUACGGCUUCACAGAGGAGAUGCAGCGCAAGGUUCGCGAUGAAACGUAUAGCCUUGGCUUGCUUAAGCCAGACACCUUUGCAGAGGACCGACUGCUUCGUCAACCGCCGGGAGUCUGUAUCAUGCUGGUCAUGUACAACCGCUACCACAACUACGCAGCAACACAACUUCGGCGCAUCAACGAAAACGGCCGCUUUUCAGUCCCCAGAGAAUACCAGGAGGCCAAGUUGAUCGCGGCAGCGAAAUACUUUGACAAAGACAGCCUGUUGGAGAACAUCGACAACCAGGAAAUCCUGAAGAGAUUCAUAGAUGCUAACGAGGUAUUCGAGAGCAACGGCCGGAUUCGCACCAAGGAGUACCAAGAUGCGGAGAAUGCCCUCGAUGUCUUCAUCAAUGAGGUCCAGCCAGACGAAAAGCAAGUCAAAGCCUUCAAGGACAGCUACGACGCAGCCUGGAAGAAGCUGGACGACGACCUUUUCCACACCGCUCGGCUAAUCACAUGCGGCCUUUACAUCCAGAUUUCCGUUCACGACUACCUUAGGGCAUUGAUGGGCUUCCACCAGUACGACACGAACUUCACCCUUGAUCCGAGAGUGAAUCAAUCGAAAGCCAAGGAGGUAUCGCGGGGCCUGGGCAACCAGGUAACGGUUGAGUUCAACCUGCUCUAUCGGUUCCACUGCGCCAUCUCGCGGGGCGACGAGGAAUACCUUGAGAACUAUCUGGAGGAGUACUUUGAGAAGCAAUCCAGGUCGGACUGGAACCCAAAGGAAAUGGGAUUACAGGAGUUCCUCAUGGAGAUGGGCCAGGCGCGGGAGCGGAGAAAGAAUGAUCCUCCCGUCAAACCUUGUGAUAUUGAGUUUGGACUCAAAAACAAGGACGAAGACGAAGCCAAGAAGAAGAUGGCCUUCAAGCGUGACCCCAUCACCAAGCUCUUCAAUGAUGAGCAAAUGGUAGACCACCUCACCAAGGUAAUGGACGAGCCAAUCUCGAACUUCGGCCCCAGGAACGUACCUCGAUCUCUGAAAGCCGUCGAGGUCAUGGGUAUCCUCCAGGCGCGCAAGUGGGGAGUUGGAACGCUGAACGACUUCCGUGAGUUUUUCGGGAUGAAGCGUCACAAAACGUUUGAGAGUGUCUCAGGCUGUGUUGGGGUUCAGAAUGCACUCCGGGACCUUUAUGAGCACCCAGAUAAGAUCGAGUUUUAUCCUGGUGUCUUUUGUGAGUCGGACGCGAGCCAAAGUGCAGAUCCAGGGCCAAGUGACGUCGAUUCGGCGUUGUGGGCCGCCAUCUUCUCCGAUGCUAUCACUCUCGUGCGGUCGGAUCGGUUUUACACCCUUGAUUGGAACACGAACUCGCUCACCUCCUGGGGUAUGAAGGAGGUAACCCCAGAUAACGAUGUGCUCAAGAGCUCUGUAUUCCAUCGACUUCUGCAACGAUCGUUCCCGGAGUGGUUCCCCAGCACGUCGGUCCGCUUCUUCCAUCCCUUCUACACAGCCCAGAAGAAUGCCGAGUACGCAACGGCGCAGGGCUACGACAAAGACUUUGCCAUUAAACCUACUGUGGAGAAGUCUGAACGAAACUGGUCCGGACCAGCAACGAUCACGCAGACGUUCGACACUUCAGCCUCAAAUCCUCGCAAGCCUGUCGAGCCCAAAAUUCUCACUGAUCCUUGUCAGAUCAUGGCAGUCCUUACAGACGAUACGGACGACAUUGUCCAUCCAGUCCGUCUGGAGCCCGAGAUUCUCCCCGCCAAGGUCGCCGAGGUUCUGGCUGUGCGCGAAGAAGAAGACACGGCCAACGGUAGAAAGUCACACAGCGAACACCGGAAAGAGAUUGACACUGAUACCGACGACUUGAUGACAUACUUCACCAACCUCAUGAGAGAUAUCAUUAGGCGUGGAUCUGUCGUGAUGAAACCGGGACAAAAAAAUUCGGAAGUCGACCCGAUCUAUCAGCUCGAUGUCACUAGAGACUUUGCCAUCCCCGUUGUCACUCGGUAUGUUGCUGACUUUCUUGGAUUCGGACAUCUCGUGAAGUCGGAGAAGAACCUGCAUGCGAAGUACUCAGAGAACGAGAUUUACCGGCAUAUCACCAACUGCCAUCUCUACUUUUCGUACAAUGCCGACGAAACCAAGCUUCCAAAACGGCGCAAGAUGUUCAAAGACUCAAUAAACUUCCUCUUCGACCUGACGCUCAACAAGGGGAACGUUGCCGAAGUGAAGAAGUUCCGUCUCACACGGGCGCUCCAGAGUGUUGGAUCAUGGCUCUGGAGAUCUGCAGCCGGCGACAACAAUCCAAUGAGCGAGCUCGGUCUGGAAGUUUCUCAACAGGUCUUGCAACAACAGAAGGGCGACACUGGGAGAGUGGCGGCAAUUUUGUUGCUCCUUGCUCUCGACAGCUCGUAUACCUCGGUUCUUGCCUUCACUUCGGUUCUGGAUUCGUUCAUCAACGGGCUAUACACCUUGACAGCCAAGGAACCCAAUGCGUCAUCAGGAGUUACAGAAAACAAGAGUUGCGACUGGCGUGAUGUCCAACGUCUCGCGUGUGCCGAGUUUCUUCCGGAUGUGCCGACCAAUACCUUUGACGAUAUCAAGAAGAUCGUCUUGAAAGCGCAACGGGAGAGCAUGAAGCUACCCAUCCUACGCAAGGCGCGCAUAACUUGCGUAGUAAAGGGGAGUGAGCCUGUGUUGACCGUGGAGAAAGAUCAGCUGAUCAUCUGUGACAUUAACCCCGGUGAUCAGGAGUAUAAGGACGAUGUGCCAACCUACCACACCAGCUUCACCGAGAGGUUCACUGAAUACCACCCCAAAAACCUCGCUGAAAACAGUCUGACCGCCAUGAUCAAAGUCCUAGCCCAGCUCAAGGACCUCAGACGAGGCAACGACACCCAAGGCCAUUUGAAGAAGAUCGGACUCGACUCGUCAUACGCGACUUAUACCAACUUCAUGGCACCACAACGUAUCAAACAUAUCAAGACCCAAGUGAGGGCCAAGAUUGCAGAGGCCGAAGAAGCCGAUGACUUGACGACGGCCGACAAGCUGAAGAAGACGUACCACCUCGACAGACUGCAAUGCCCUGCAACGGACACGUACAUGACCCCUGAGUGGGACGAGAUGAUUCCCUUCCCAACUACCUGGAAGGUCAGGUUCAACGGCUACGGGGAGUCGACGUAUGGUGGCGAGAAAUUGCCUCUUCUCCAGUCACGGCUGGUGCCGGAUGAUUUCCCCCCCUUCUACGAGCUUCCUGGCGGACCAAGUCGUACGGGAGGUUCGUUGAGAGAGCCAAUCCACCCAUACCCCUCGAAGCCUCGGGAGAAGUCGACCAGCAGAGAGGAACAUGGUGAACAUGUUCUGUAUAUGGAUCGCGGCAGUGAUGCGGGUGACUCUGCCAUUGAUAUAGAUGAGAGCUGUCCCUUUGGAGGGAUCCCGGAAAUCGUCAUCAAACCAUGGAAACCACCGCCACGAAGGACCUAUCUCUUUAAAAGAGCGAACCUCGUUGAUACCGCUCAAGGGACUAUCAUCUCCAACGUCAACAUCAAGAUCGCAGAUGGCGUGAUUAAGCUCAUCGAGAAAAACGAUCCCAGAAUUACCAGCCUCGCUCAUCAUCUACGCGGCGAAGAUGACUCGGGACUGGUAAUCGAAGUUGACCUUGAAGGCAAAUUUCUGUGCCCUGGGCUUGUCGACUGCCACGUCCACGUCAGUGCCGUACCAGGGGAACUCAGUCUUUCAUCCACCGCCGCUAUCUCUGAUCCUGCCAUUUCGCUUCUUCGUCAACCCUUCGUCUGCUCCCAGAUGCUUAGCAGGGGAUUUACCACCGUUCGUGAUACAGGCGGUGCCACGCUUGCUUUGAAGGAGGCCAUCGAAGAAGGUGUCUUUCCCGGGCCACGGCUCUUCAUCUGCAAUCGGGCUCUGUCUCAGACAGGUGGCCAUGGUGACCUCCGCGGCGCGCACGACCAUAAGAACCGAGGAGGAGGAGGAGAAGGCUGCUGUGGGGGCUCAGCGGGUCAACUGGCUGUGGUCUGUGAUGGAGUACCGGAGUGCAUUCGUGCGGCGCGAGAGCAGUUGAGAACAGGAGCGGACUUCAUCAAGAUUAUGGUAGGAGGCGGCGUUGCCUCCCCCACGGAUCGGUUGACCAACACGCAAUUCACGGCUGCUGAGGUCCGGGCCAUCUGCGAUGUGGCAGAGAGCUAUGGAACCUACGUGACAGCUCAUGCGUACACGCCCAAAGCAAUUCGCCAUGCUGUUGACAAUGGUGUCAAGGGUAUCGAACAUGGGAAUCUUAUUGACGAAGCGACGGCACGGUACAUGGCCGAGAGGGGGAUAUGGCUAACACCAACGCUAGUGACAUAUGAUGCGAUGGCAUCAGAUGAGUAUGCCGGCUUCCUGCCACCAGAGAAUCAGCGAAAAAACGAAGAGGUAUUGCGGCAGGGGCUGAAGUCGCUCACAAUUGCGGAAAAGGCAGGAGUCAACAUGUGUUAUGGCUCUGAUCUUUUAGGGCCUUUGACGAGAGAGCAGUCAAAGGAGUUUGGCAUCCGGUCGGUCAUCCUAAAGAGCAAGCAGGUUUUGCAGUCAGCUACUGUGAAUGCGGCAAAGAUGCUGGGACAGGAGUCGUUUCUGGGCCAGCUCAAACCAGGAUAUGCUGCCGAUAUGCUUAUUCUCGACGUCAACCCAUUCAAUGACGUGGCGAUGCUGGAUGAACCAAAGAAACACGUGUUGGCAGUAAUUAAGGACGGACGAGUAUGUGUGAGCCGUUGGAGAAAGCUUCCCAUGGAUGCAACACACGGAGAGGAGUUAAUUGAGUGA